UUCAAAAUGGUAGACGUCCUGUAAAUGUGAAUCUCAAAAUAUUUAGAUUUUUCUCCAUUUCUGCAAUAUUAAGAGCAUGGAGGAUGGUUUGAUAGAGUGUCUCCUGGAGACUAUAGACAAUGCCAGUAAGCAUAAGUUACAACUAGUAGACCUAACAGAAUCUCUUAAUGCAGCAAAGACACAGGUUACACAUAGUGCAGAUAAGUCCAAGAAUGAGAUAAAGAAAUUCUUUGAAGAGUUGAAAGUUUCACUACAUGCCAGCUUAGAUAAAAGGCAAGGAGAGUUGAUCUCUGAGGUGUCUAAGAUAGAGAAUGAUUCUCUUGGCCCUCUGAUUGCCUGUCAAGCACUCAUUGAAACAGGCAUGGUAGACACCACGAAGCUGCUCAAUGAAGGCAAAUCUCUGUUAAUGGCUGGAGAAGAUAGGGAAGGCCUGACAAUGUUCAAGGCUAAAGCAGACACCAAAACUCCCACCAGCCUUCCUGAGGUUCCUCUGCUCUCAGAUGUAGCAUGCAUCAGUGUUGAUCUUCCUGGCUCUCUGAUUGGUCAAAUGACAGAAGCCAUUGAUGAGUGCGGCAGGGUGUUUGCUAAAGGACCAGUGCAGAUAACGGACAUACUAGAAAGGCCUGGGGCUCUGUUAGUCAAGUGGUCUGAGCCAGAUGAGUCUUGUCUGGAGGCAGGUCGCUACAGACUCCAGUACUGCUAUGGUAGAUCCAGCAAUGAUGAGGAUUGUGGCACAGUCUUCAAAGAUGCAUAUAUAGGUGAAGGGUGUAGCUAUAUAUUGACAGGACUUCAGUGCAAUAAGCAGUACACACUGAGGGCCUGUUGUUCUGAAGCUGAGGGUGACUGGACUCCCUGGAGCUUGCCACGUGUUGGGAUAACUUCCCUACCUCAUCAUGAAUGGUGCUCUGGUGUAGAUGGCUUUAAACUUAUCAGUGACAAUACAACAUUAGUAAGUAGGACUAAUAAACCUAGGAUCAUUUACUCCAACCAUGACAGUUUUAUUUGUGGCCACAGUAUGGUGUUCAAGGUGCUACAGGUUGCAGAGGGUGACAUGUCUGAGGGUGUAGAGGACGGACAUGAAGGCCUGGGUCUCAGUGUUGCUAGAGUGGAGGGUGCCUCGUUGUGUCAACCUGGUACUCUACUAGUUACUAUGCAAGGAUCAAUAUUUAUUGAUGGCAAAGAAAAGGUGACAAAACUACCAAGUUUAACUAAAGGCUCUGUACUCACUAUUGACACAGAAGUUUUACAAAACAAUAAAAUAAGAGUGACAAUAGAAAUAAGCAACAAGACUGUGACAUUUGAUUGGGCAAUAGAUGUCUCUGAAUCUGGCACACCCACCAUACCUGGGCUAAUGUCUAUGCCAGGACAACCAACACCUCAACCAAAUAUACAACUUUACUUUGCAUUUUCUUGUGAACGUGAAGGUUGGAAAAUAUUGGUUUUGUGACUUAUAUUUAUAGUUUAAGAUGGAUUGUAUUCUUAUGUAGCAUUUAUUUAUUAGAUCUAUGUAGAAAAUGCGCUUAGUGAUAACUUAGUUUCAAAACUUAAUAAAAGUAUUUAUAAAAUGUUUCAUUGUCUCCCUUUGUUACUUCUCAUUUGUGUUAACCUCAGUAAUUUUAUUUACUAAAAUGCCAACCUUA